UAUCUAAGAAUAUGCGCUUUUAUAUUGUUCUCGUACUCAUUGCCUUGGUGGCUGUGGCUACUGCUCAAGGACCCUUCCGUGGUGGACGUCGAGGUUCUCAGAAUGGACAACAAGUUGGUCCACAAGGCGGUCAACAGGGUGGUCCACAGGGCGGUCCAGGAGGUCCUUGGGGUCUUCCACCAAAUUGCACACUAUCCAACUCUACAUCUACUACUACAACAACAACCACUGAAGCUUCCACCGAUACGGAUUCUACAACAGUUUCUUCAUCUUAAAUGUUUUAUAACAUUGUAAAAUCUAUUUAUUA